AUUAGCCUUAUUGUACUUUUGCUUUGUAUGGUACACGUUACAGCGAAGCUUUAAAUCUCGUUGAACUCCAUACAAUGACAAUAAAGGCUUUGCAUUGUAUUGUACUCUUAAGUACUUAAACAAUACCCAACAAAUAAUGUAUGGUUCCAUCACCUUGCCGUCAAUGGCACUGAAAAACAAUUAUUAACUAUUUUUUGUAUGUGUUGCUUCAUUGUGUUACCUUUUCUGUGGGAACAGGGCGCAACACAGAGGUGUGGCAAACACCAGGCUGUCAUUCAAAGAGAAGGCAUGUUUACUCUUCGACUCAAAACCAAAAUGUUGUCUGUUGUGUUUAAUUCAAGCUUUGACUUACCACAAGCCCACGAGCCCCACCUGGAUCGGGGCGUUGAGAAUAGGGAAGCGCUGCAGGGAGGCCACAACAUGUUAAGGUCGGAAUGUGGGAUGCCAUACUUCAACUCCCUGGUGGGACAGAAAGAGCAACCAUGUAAGGUUGAAAUGAAAAGGGAUGAACAGAUGGCAUGUGUAUGUCGCUAGCAUCAUUCUCUGGAAGCCCGUCAGCGUAACCAUGUGACAUCACCGCCCUGCGACGUCAACAACAAUGGCAACCAACUAGGGAGAUGACGAAUGGGGGCAGGCACCCCCACGUCCACAACGGGGGGUCCCACAGCUAUAUGCCGAGGAGGCAACAACAAGGACACAGACGGAGGUCCUCCUCUCCUGGAAUCAUCCUCAUCAGCGCGCCUAUACAGGACGGAGAUGACACAGCUGAAAUCCGCACGGUGACAGUAGACAGGACGGUGGAUGGACGUUUGGGUUUCAGUGUGCGAGGCGGAUCAGAACAUGGACUGGGGAUUUUUGUCAGCAAGGUGGAUGAGCACAGCUCAGCAGCUCGGGCCGGCCUGGCUGUGGGGGACCAGCUCGUGGAGGUGAACGGCGUGAGGCUGGAGAACAUCACCAUGAGCAGUGCUAUCAAGGUUCUGACGGGAAAUGUCCGUCUGAGGAUGGCAGUGAGGUCUGUGGGCAAAAUCCCGGGCAUACGCUACUCCGAGGAGAAGACUAUGUGGGUGGACCUGAUUCACCGGCGAAUGGUGGUGCAGGACAGUGGACAUGCGCCUUUGGAAGCCGGCCCAGACAGCGCCCUCCGCAGGACUGUUCAUCUCUUCACCACGUCCGAUGACUGCUACCUGGGCUUCAACAUCCGAGGAGGGCGAGAGUUUGGACUGGGAAUUUACGUGUCCAAGAUGGACCCAGGUGGCUUGGCGGAGCGGCAAGGCAUCAAAAUGGGAGAUCAGAUCCUGUCGGCCAACGGGGUCAGCUUCGAUGACAUCACACAUGGCGGCGCCGUGGAGGUCCUCAAGAGCAAUGCACAUGUCGUGUUAACCAUCAGGGAAGCUGGAAGAUAUCCUGCAUACAAGGAGAUGGUGGCCGAGUAUGGCUGGCUGGACAAAUGUUCCAACCAGUCGCCAUCAAGUUUCUCCAGAGGCUAUGACUCGCAAUCGUCCGUCUCGUCAUUGUCGUCUGGCACCCCUGUCGGCUCUUUCAGUGGUGUUUUCUCCAAGGGGGAGGCCCCAUGUGCCACCACCGUCCAGAUGGAGCUGCCCUCCAGCGCCACAAGCACGGUGGGCGCCACGCUGCUGCUCAAGGAUACGCUCAUACACGGGACAGCCGAAGAAGGUCAAAGGACCCCCAAGACCGACUUCUUCAUGGCCUUCAGUAACCCAAGCAAUGCCAUCGCGCGGUCACAGAGUCACAUAACUGUGUCAGAGGCGCAGACGAAGCAGCAGAAGAAGAAACUGCAGCAGAAGAAGAAAAACACAAACCAUGAAAGUCACAGCCCAGAAGAGAAACCCAAAUUGCGGCGCUCCAAAACCUUCGCAACUCCGUUUCGCAGGAAAGACAAUGAGAGAAGCGACUCCAAAGGUAGAGGUGAAGUUGCGCAGAUGAACUCCCCCAGGGAGGAGCAGUCGUCCCUGCAAGAUGUGACCGCGUGUAAUGAGCUGCUAGCACCCGAGCCGGAGGUUGUUGUCAGCAGAAACUGCAAACGGUUUUUGUGCGAAAAGAUUCUGGAAGAUCUUCUGCGUCCCCUCUUGGCCAUCUUGGAUAGGCCAGAGAAGAUUCUACUUCUCAGAGAAAUAAGGACACUGAUUCCUCCAAAUGAGUUGGCUCAUUUUGACACCCUGGUGAAGCCUUUGCAAAUGGAAGCCUAUGAUCUUCUCAAGAACUCACAUGUGCCUUCUCCAGCUGGCGGACGCUCCCCUCGCUGUGGAAACUCUCGAUGCCACCUUGUCACGGGACACACUGUAUCUCCGUCGCUGGUCUCCCGCCCCUUGCUGGACGUCCCCGUUGACACGUUCACCUCCUCCUCCUCUUCCUCUUCUACUUGCUCCAGCAUCCUCAGCGGAAGUCAAAGAGGUCGCUCUCCAACAAGGAGGAUGGCGAAUCCUCGUCGCCAACGCCUGCAGGACGAAGUCAACUUACGCCUACCGUCACCACGUCGGACCCCUUUGGGGGAUGUUUUUGAGACCCCCCCAAAUGUCACGCUUAAUGGACAGUUGUACACGCCUCACUUCCACAUCACCACUUUGAACAUCUCCAAAGCUAAACCGUCGCUGGGUAUGAGCAUCUCAGGCGGAAUUGAGUCAAGAGUUCAGCCCAUCAUCAAGAUUGAUAAAGUCUUUCCUGGGGGAGCGGCGUCAAUGAAUCCUGCCCUCAAGGCCGGCUACGAACUUCUACGUGUGGACGACGAGAGUUUGGAGGGCGUCACCCACCGGCAUGCUGUCGCCGCCAUUCGCCGCGCGUUCAGCAACAAGGCCAAAGACCCCAUGGUGCUGAGGGUCAAGAUACCCGCUGACAUCAAGUGA